AUGGAGCCGGGAUCGCCGGCCCGACGGACGGCCAUGGCGCCGCUGUUGGAGUAUGAGCGGCAGCUGGUGCUGGAACUACUCGACACGGACGGGCUGGUAGUGUGCGCCCGCGGGCUCGGCGCGGACCGGCUCCUCUACCAUUUCCUCCAGCUUCACUGCCACCCCGCCUGCCUGGUGCUGGUGCUCAACACGCAGCCGGCCGAGGAGGAGUUUUUUAUCAAUCAGCUGAAGACAGAAGGAGUAGAACACCUCCCUCGCCGAGUAACAAACGAAAUCGCAAGUAACAAUCGCUAUGAAGUUUACACAGAAGGCGGUGUCAUAUUUGCAACAAGUAGAAUACUCGUGGUUGAUUUCUUGACUAAUAGAAUACCUUCAGAUUUAAUUACUGGCAUCUUGGUGUAUAGAGCCCACAGAAUAAUCGAGUCUUGUCAAGAAGCAUUCAUCUUGCGCCUCUUUCGCCAGAAAAACAAGCGUGGUUUUAUUAAAGCUUUCACAGACAAUGCUGUUGCUUUUGAUACUGGUUUUUGUCAUGUGGAAAGAGUGAUGAGAAAUCUUUUUGUGAGGAAGCUAUAUCUGUGGCCCAGGUUCCAUGUAGCAGUAAACUCAUUUUUAGAACAGCACAAACCUGAAGUUGUAGAAAUUCAUGUUUCUAUGACACCUGCCAUGCUUGCCAUACAGACUGCUAUACUGGACAUUUUAAAUGCAUGUCUCAAGGAACUAAAAUGCCAUAACCCAUCACUUGAAGUGGAAGAUUUAUCUUUAGAAAAUGCUAUUGGAAAACCUUUUGACAAGACUAUCCGCCAUUAUCUGGAUCCUUUGUGGCACCAGCUCGGAGCCAAGACAAAAUCCUUAGUUCAGGAUUUGAAGAUAUUACGAACUUUGCUACAAUAUCUCUCUCAGUAUGAUUGUGUCACAUUUCUUAAUCUUCUGGAAUCUCUGAGAGCAACCGAAAAGGCUUUUGGUCAGAAUUCAGGUUGGCUGUUUCUUGACUCCAGCACCUCAAUGUUUAUAAAUGCUCGAGCAAGGGUUUAUCAUGUUCCAGAUGCCAAAACGAGUAAAAAAGGCAAAAUGUCUGAAAAAGUGGAGAUUAAAGAAGAACAAGGUCAAGUGCUUAUUUGUGCAAGCGAUGACCGAACGUGUUCCCAACUGAGAGACUGUAUCACUAUGGGAGCCGAGACCUUCUUACUGAGGCUCUACAGGAAAACCUUUGAGAAGGAUAGCAAAGCUGAAGAAGUGUGGAUGAAAUUUAGGAAGGAGGACAGUUCAAGAAGAAUUAGGAAGUCUAACAAAAGACCCAAAGACCCCCAAAACAAAGAAAGGGCUUCUACCAAAGAAAGGACUCACAGAAAGAAAAAACAAAGAUUGACUUUAACUCAGAUGAUAGGAAAAUCUGAAGACCUGGAAGAGGAAGGCAAUAUUGAGGAAGGAGAUCAUAGGGAAAUAAGCAGUAGCCCAGAAAGCUGCUUGGAAGAAAUUAAGCACGAAGAUUUUGAUUUAAAUCUGUCAUCCGAUACUGCUUAUGGAAUCCUGAAAGAACCCCUCACAAUCAUCCAUCCACUCCUGGGUUGUAGCGACCCCUACGCUCUGACAAGGGUACUCCACGAAGUAGAGCCCCGGUAUGUGGUUCUGUAUGACUCAGAACUCACCUUCGUCCGUCAGCUUGAAAUUUACAGGGCAAGCAGGCCCGGGAAGCCUCUGAGGGUUUACUUUCUUAUCUAUGGUGGUUCAACUGAGGAACAACGCUAUCUCACCGCUUUGCGGAAAGAAAAGGAAGCUUUUGAAAAACUCAUAAGAGAAAAGGCUAGCAUGGUGGUCCCUGAAGAAAGAGAAGGAAGAGAUGAAACAAACCUAGACCUAGCAAGAGGAGCAGCGUCUACAAAUGUUCCCACUGACACUCGGAAAGCCGGUGGCCAGGAACAGAAUGGUACACAGCAAAGCAUAGUUGUGGAUAUGCGUGAAUUUCGAAGUGAGCUCCCAUCUCUGAUCCAUCGUCGGGGCAUUGACAUUGAACCAGUGACUUUAGAGGUUGGAGAUUACAUCCUGACUCCAGACAUGUGCGUGGAGCGCAAGAGUAUCAGUGAUUUGAUCGGCUCUUUAAAUAACGGCCGUCUCUACAACCAGUGCAUCUCCAUGUCCCGCUAUUACAAGCGACCUGUGCUUCUGAUCGAGUUUGACCCUAGUAAGCCUUUCUCUCUCACUCCCCGAGGGGCCUUAUUUCAGGAGAUCUCCAGCAAUGACAUUAGUUCCAAACUCACUCUUCUCACACUUCACUUCCCCAGACUCCGGAUUCUCUGGUGCCCCUCCCCUCAUGCCACCGCGGAGUUGUUUGAGGAGCUGAAACAAAAUAAGCCACAGCCUGAUGCGGCGACAGCAUUGGCCAUUACAGCAGAUUCUGAAACCCUCCCCGAGUCAGACAAGUAUAAUCCUGGUCCCCAAGACUUCUUGUUAAAAAUGCCAGGGGUAAAUGCCAAAAACUGUCGCUCCUUGAUGAACCACGUUAAGAACAUUGCAGAAUUAGCAACCCUGUCACAAGACAAGCUCACAAGCAUUCUGGGGAAUGCUGCAAAUGCUAAGCAGCUUUAUGACUUCAUUCACACCUCUUACGCAGAAGUCGUAUCUAAAGGAAAAAUGAAAAAAUGAACAAUGGUGGCUGUUUUCUUACCCCAAGACUGUGCUUUUCACCUGC